CGAGACAUGGGAACUGACUUAAGCUCUCCAGCGAUCGCUGGGAAGGUAGCCUCUUACCCACAUACCAGACAAAAGUCAUCCAGAUCAUUUUUGCCUGAAGUCUGCGCUGCUGUCUUUUCCAUUUGCGCUCGCGACUCAAGUUAUCAGGGCGGCGAAACCCUGAUCUGCCGCAAUCCGGCGGGUGUUAAGAUCCAUGGAAGUGGCCGAUUUUUACGAGGGGGACUACCUCGCCUUCCACAGCGCUAACACCAUCAGCAGUCCGGUCAGCGCCAGCGUAUGCAAGCAGCCCACCAACGGCUCCAUGACGAAGCUUAAUGACAUCUCUGAGCACGAGAAAGCAAUAGACUUCAGCAUCUAUUUGGACUCUCAGUACCAGCAUCUGGCCAACCAAGACGAAACCCGGCACCGCGCAGUGGGAAUCUACAGCGACUUUCUCUCGGUGGAAAACAAGAGCAAGAGACUGGCAGCGUUACAAAACUACAAGAACUACAUUUCGCUGACCGAACGCGACCCGAGCCAACUGGCUUAUUCGGAGCUACAGGAGACGCGCAUCGACGCAGUCUUCAGCCCGGACUUUCUGGGCAGUUUUGCCAAAAGUAACUGGCGACACGAUCUCAGCGAAGACAAGCAAAUGGAUGGUUCCGGGGGGUUUGACAUGCGCUCGUAUCUGCAGUACCAGAACGCUCCGAGCGGGAGCCUGGGCAAUAUUUCCACCGCGUCCUCCUCUUGCUCGAGUCCACCAGGUACACCUGCGCCGUCAGGUAAGGGAAGAUCACUUCAGCCGGGCGGAAAAAUGGCUUCCGGAGGCAAAGGGAAGAAGAGGCUGGAGAAAGACAGCGACGAGUACAGACAGCGGCGGGAGAGAAACAAUCUUGCCGUGCGCAAAAGCAGAGACAAAGCCAAAAUGCGCAACCUAGAGACACAGCACAAAGUGCUGGAACUGGCGGCGGAGAACGACCGGUUACAGAAGCGCGUAGAACAGCUGUCCCGUGAGCUGGCGACGCUACGGAACCUGCUCUCCGCCACCGGCCAGUGCUGACGGGACUCCAUGGUACUCGGACCAUGUAUUAAGGCACGGACUAUCAAAUGACUUCAAAGAGUGCAGAAUUUAUAAAAAAGGGGUUGUUGUUGUUUUUUUCUGAUCGAAAACGCGUUUCCAACCGAGAAAGAAAAGACAUGAAAGUGGACUGUGCGCCUGGAUUGCGCAAUAUCCUCACUGUGUGCUCGGUAAUCUGGAAACCCUGUCAUGUAUUUCGUCUGUAAAGUAUUUUUGUACGGAUUCUUAAGUGAGAUAUCUACUGUUUAAUAUUCUGUUAUUUAAAUUCCUUUCGCCAUAUCUAGGGCAGUGGUUGUCACGGUAAGAGUUUUACUGCAGAGGUAUGAUGCAACUCAUUGUAACAGUAUUGGUAAGGCAGUGAAGUGGUCUUGUAAAGACGUCAAAGGUACAACUGGUCCACUGCUAUAUACUGUUUUAUUGAAUUAAAUGAUUUUUACUGUA